CAAAUAAAAAACUUUUAACUUGUAACGUCGAAUGCUACUAUUACUAAUGCUUCUUUUACUGUUACUAUCGCCAGUGCUACAACAACAACAACAACACAACAACAACAAUAAUAACAACUGCAUCGAUUCUCCUUACUAUGUGUCACAGAGUGGACGACUAUUAUUCGACUUGGCCUUCGCCAGAGUUAGAGUCGCCCAACAGAAAUCUUUGCUGGCCGACUUGUUCGAUACCGCGAACGAUACAAGAGAUUCGAAUUAUUUGGAAGAAGACGAACGUAUUUUUAGAUGGCAAGAGAAGAUCUUCAGUCCCUUCGAAAUUGAAUUUUACAACGACGAAAAGAAUUGCGUUAACGAGUUACAAAAUGAAUAUCAUGAACUCAUCAAGGAAAAAAAUUUGCAAGGCUCGCGUUUAUAUAAUUAUACAGAAACUGAUACGUAUUAUCCCAAUGAAAAUCUGCUUACGAAGCCUUAUCAAUCAUAUUUGUCAUUUAAAAAUCAAUUAGCAUUACCGGCAAUACUAAAUCGUAAACCGUUUACACUUAGAUAUAAUAAAAAUGUGAUCGAUGAUAGAAUCAAUAAUAAAAGAAUACGUUCCAAUCAUUAUUUUUAUAUGGAACGUAGUACAAUGUAUAUAAUGAUAGAUUUAAGUAGAAAGGAUAAAAAAGAUUUGUUUCAUUCGUCUGACAUUGAUAUGGAAAUUCUUUUAUGCAAAAUAACUUAUGAUAAAACACAUAAUAUUCUUACUAUGUAUCCUGAUUUUACUACUGAUGAAUCUUACACGCUUACAACUGAUAAUGGUAUUAGAUAUGAUUAUUGGCUUGAACAUAUUUCUGAAAUACAAACUACAUCGGAUUUGGAACAACAACAGGAAGAAUUACGACAAGUAUGUAUGAUUUAAUUUUAAAAUAGUACAUACCCCACA